AUGGUUGAACCUGUGGAUAAAAGAAGAAAGCUUGAUGAAACUCUUACUUCGAACAAUGGUUCAAGGUCGAAAUCUGCUCCAAAACCAUCAAAAAUUUACAGUCCUUUCAGAAUUAUCGGGAAUGUCUCUAAUGAUAUACCGUUUGCCAUUGGUACGUUGGGGUCUACAUUUUACAUAGUCACUUCAGUUGGACGUUCGUUCCAAAUCUAUGAUGCUGCUACUUUGCAUUUGUUAUUCGUUUCCCAGUCACAAACUCCGUCUAGAAUUACGAGUUUAACUGCCCAUUACCAUUAUGUGUUUGCGGCCUAUGGUAAUUCUAUUGGAAUUUAUAAGAGAGGUAGAUUGGAACAUACUUUGGAAUGCCCUACACAGGCUACGAUAACUAAAGUAUUGGUAUUCGGUGAAUACCUCAUAGCAACUUCAUCUGAAAGUGAGAUAUUUGUCUACAAGAAACCAGCAGGAUCUAAACUCGCUACUGAAUUAUACACUACUUUAAAGUCUAUAAACGCCAGUAUUGACGGAGAUAUCGUGGGGUUGAUUCAUCCUCCUACUUAUUUGAAUAAAAUCGUUGUGGCCACAACCGGACAUAUUUUGAUUUUCAACAUUCGUACAGGUAAAUUGUUAUAUAAGUCGCCAGAUCAGCAAUUCAUGGAAAAUAUUUCAUGCAUAGAAUCGGCACCUGUUUUAGAUGUUAUUGCUAUUGGAACGACUGUUGGAAGUGUCUUCUUGUACAAUUUAAAGAAGGGUAAGGUUUUAGGCUCCAAAAUUGUUGCUGCAGCUCAAGAUGCUGUUGCAAAAGUUGUCUCAUUAUCAUUUAGAACUGAUGGAUCACCUCAUAUAGUAGCGGGUUUAAACAAUGGUGAUUUGUUCUUCUAUGAUUUAGCUAAAGGCUCCCGUGUCCAUAUUUUAAGAAACGCACAUAAAGAAGCACAUGGUGGUAUUGCCAAUGCUAAAUUUUUGAACGGUCAACCAAUCGUGGUAACCAAUGGUGGUGAUAACCAUUUGAAAGAAUAUGUGUUUGACCCGAGUUUAUCAACAUCCAACUCAUCCAUUGUUUCUCCUCCACGUCAUUUAAGAUCAAGAGGAGGACAUUCUGCACCACCUGUUGCAAUUGAGUUUCCUAACGAAGAUAAAUCUCACUUCGUAUUAAGUGCUUCGAGAGAUAGAUCAUUCUGGUCAUUUUCUUUGAGAAAAGAUGCACAGUCUCAAGAAUUAUCUCAAAGACCCGUGAAGUCGACUAAUGGGAAGAGACAAGCAGGACCAGUUUCAUCCAUGAGGGAAAAAUUCCCUGAAAUCGUAUCGAUUACUUCGUCUCAAGCCAGAGAAGGUGAAUGGGAAAACGUUUUGACGGCACAUAAAGAGGAUACAUUCGCCAGAACUUGGGACUCAAAAAGUAAAAGAGUGGGUAGUCAUAAUUUACUGACUAUUGACGGAGGGAUUGUAAAGUCUGUGUGUAUUUCUCAUUGUGGGAAUUUUGGCCUAGUUGGUUCUGCUUUAGGAGGUAUUGGUGUGUUCAAUUUACAAUCAGGAAUGUUGCGUAAAAAGUAUGUUUUACAUCGUAAUAAAGCGGUUACCGGUUUAGCAAUCGAUGGUAUGAACCGUAAGAUGGUUAGUUGUGGAUUAGAUGGAAUAGUAGGAUUUUAUGAUUUCACUCAACUGAAAUAUUUAGGUAAAUUACAAUUGGAAGCACCAAUUACUUCAAUGAUCUAUCAUAAGUCUUCUGAUUUGAUUGCAUGCGCAUUGGACGAUUUGUCUAUUGUCAUUAUUGAUGUCGUCACUCAAAAAGUUGUCAGAGUAUUAUAUGGUCACUCUAAUCGUAUAACAGGUAUGGAUUUCUCACCUGAUGGUAGAUGGAUUGUUUCCGUUGCAUUAGAUGCUACUUUGAGAACUUGGGAUUUACCUACUGGUGGCUGUAUUGAUGGUGUUAGAUUACCUAAUGUUGCAACAACAGUUAAGUUUUCGCCAAUUGGUGAUUUAUUAGCGACAACCCAUGUAUCUGGAAACGGUAUUUCAUUGUGGACUAACAGGGCGCAGUUCAGACCAGUUUCUACAAGGCAUAUUGAAGAAGACGAAUUUUCAACUAUACUCUUACCAAAUGCAUCUGGUGACGGUGGCUCCACUAUGUUAGAUGGUGCUUUGAAUGAAGAGGACUCUGAUAUUAUAGACUCAUCAGAAGUAUAUACUUCAUUGGAUCAAAUAGAUGAAUCGUUGGUUACUUUAUCAUUGGGUCCAAGAGAAAAGUAUAAUACAUUGUUACACUUAGACACUAUCAAGCAACGGAAUAAGCCUAAGGAGGCUCCAAAGAAGCCUGAAAAGGCUCCUUUCUUCUUGUCUUUAUCUGGAGAAUCUGUAGGUGAUAGAGCUUCUGUUGCUGAAGAGAGUAAUAAAGGUGCUUCUCAUCCUGACGAAGAAGAUGAAUCUGGUUCUAAAUUGCAUAAAUUGAAGUCUGACGGUAGCCAUUCUUUUGAAUCCAAGUUUACGAAAUUGUUAAGAGAAGGUAGUGAAGAUAAUGAUUAUUCUCUGUUCUUGAAAUAUUUGAUCAAUGCUUCCCCAUCUACCACUGACCUUGAGAUUAGAACUUUGAAUUCCUUCCCACCAUUAACUGAGAUGGGCAAUUUUGUUCUGGCUUUAUGCCAAGGUAUGCGUAAUAAUGAUAAUUAUGACUUAUACCACGCAAUUUUUUCUUUAUUCAUGAAAAACCAUGGUGAUGUUGUUCAUAAUUUUAAAGAUGAAGAAGAUUUACAAAAUGCUCUUGAAGAAUGGAGUAAAUUGAAUGACGACGGUAAAGAUAGGAUGGACGAAUUAGUAAAAUAUUCCUCUGCUGUCAUUAAUUUCUUAUCUACUGUUUAA